AUGGCCCACACCUUGCCACCCUCACCCUCCUCAGUGGCCUUGAAUGGCACCGACUCGCAAAACAGCUUAAGACUGACCUCGUCGCUCUCGAUGAGACCUCAGUUGCACCAUGUCCUCACCUCCUUAUCGACCACCCCAACAACAAUUCCCUCUGGUCCUCCAUUGCUCCUUUCCUCGGCGCCCUCCUUUGCUUCCAGUACUACCACCACAGCUCCCACUUCGUCCAUCGGCACCCCAAGCUCGCUCUACUCAACCCGUCAACCGUCCAAUGCAUCCAGUCCCUCAGGGACUCCGUUGCAAUUGGCCUCGGACAGCUUCCGUGGUCGUGUCUACUCCUUCCCCCAGUUGCCCCCAGUGCCCUUUGAGCUCGGGGAAUCCGUCAUGGCUAUCCCCGGUACCGCCAAUGCCUCGGGCUCCGGAGACACGGUCUCAAUCACCUCCGCUUCCUCCUCCUCCUCCUCUACAACCGCCAACAACAAGACUCCCGGGUUGAUGCGUCGCAUCUCCCGCGGCGCCGCCAACAAACUCACCCGGAGACGCUCCACUACUCAGCAUGACAAGCGGGAUCGCAGCUCCGGACCAGUCAUCAUGCGUCGUCGCAGUGACAGCAGAACUGGGCCGCCGCCGCCGCCGCCGUCGACAACAACAACAACAACAACAACAACAACAACAUCAACCAAUACAACUUCGGCCACCACUCCGAUAAUAACAGCGAUGACAACGGGCCGCGAGAGCGCCCUAGAAUCUGGAAACGAAGAAGAGGAUCUCGAAGCUUACGAUUUGCUUGGCGCGUGGUACGGGUCCGAUACUCGCUCCAUUGUAGCCGGCAGCGAGCCUUAUACCCUUUCGACCAUCCAUGAUCUUCAGUCCCUGGCCCCUCGUGCUGACUCGGCCAUUCAACGCGGCACCAUCCUGACCAAGGUGACUAAGAAACGCCGCAAGCAGGUGCGCUUCUUCCUCGAUCUCGACGCCGCCAAGGUCUUCUGGGACCCGUCCAACCCGGCCAAGCGCUUCUACAUCGAUGAUAUCAAGGAGAUCCGCGUCGGCGCCGACGCCCGCAACUACCGCGAGGAGCAUCAGAUCGCCCCGGAGGUCGAGAGUCGCUGGUUCACCAUCAUCAUCGCCGACGCCGACCGCGCCAAGGGCCGCGCCGUCAAGACUCUGCACCUGAUCGCCCCGGAUGACCACCUGCUCGAGCUGUGGACGACCACCCUCGAGCAUAUCUCACGCUAUCGCAUCGGGCUCAUGGCUGGCCUGGCCGGAUCCGGCCAGAGCGAGACCCUCCUGAAAACCCACUGGCAGCGCGAGAUGGCCCGCCUCAGUCCCGGCGAGUCCGAGUCCCUCGACUUCGCUGCCAUUGAGAGCGUCUGUCGCAGCCUGCACAUCAACUGCUCCCAGAAUAUGCUCCGCGCCCAGUUCUCCAAGGCCGACACGGCGCGCAGGGGCAAACUCGAUUUUCCCGAGUUCAAGGAUUUCCUCAUCCGCCUCAAGGAACGCAAAGAUGUCAGGGGCAUCUUCAAGAGCCACGUGUCCGAUCCCAACGCCGACGGCCUCACUCUCGACGAAUUCCUGACCUUUCUCCGCGACGUGCAACGAGAGGACGUCGACACCGACCGCGACCGCGAAUACUGGGUCUCCAUCUUUGACAAGUUCGUUCGUCGCGCCAGCCGGACUCGCACGCCUACCUUGUCAUCAUCGGAACCCUCGUCCGCCACCACUGCCACCUCUUCUGCCUCCUUUUCGUCCCCCGUCGUCUCAGAGGCUGGCGGCAGCGGCGGCGCCGUCAUUGUUCCGCGCCUGAGUCUCGAUGCCUUCUCCUCCUUCCUGGCCUCGGCCUUCAAUGGGGUCUAUGCCUCCCAUGCCCCUCAGUCCCGGUUCGACCAACCCUUGAGCGACUAUUUUAUCUCCAGUUCUCACAACACCUACCUCCUUGGCCGGCAGGUGGCGGGCGCGUCCAGCACCGAAGCUUACGUGACGGCCUUGCAGCAGGGGUGCCGUUGCGUCGAGAUCGACUGCUGGGACGGGGCCGAUGGACGGCCCAUCGUCUCCCACGGCCGAACCCUGACGACCAGCGUCCUGUUCGCCGACUGCAUCACUGUCAUCAACCGCUAUGCCUUCAUCUCUACGGAUUUCCCCCUCAUUCUCUCGCUCGAGGUUCACUGCAAUCCGGAGCAGCAGCUGGCCAUGGUCAAGAUCAUGAAGGACACAUUCCAGGACCAACUGGUCCUGGAGCCGCUCACAACCACCCCGUCCUACACCCUUCCUUCCCCGGAGGAGCUCAUGCGUCGGAUCCUCGUCAAAGUCAAGACUUGUGACGAGGCCUUCGGCGACCUGUUGUUCGAACUCCCGCCGCCGCAUACCACCCUCGCGCCAGCCAGCACGACCCUCGCGGGACGGAAGCGCAGCUCCAGCUCCCCCUUUGUCCGUCCCACGGGAUUAGAGAGCCCCAUCUUCACCGGUCUGCCCCCGCUGUCCAAGCCUUCCACCCUCGGGUCGGAGGAUGGCAUCGGGCCCCUCCUGACGCAGGAACGGCGAUCCCUCACGGCGACGAGCAUGAGCAGUGCCACGGAGGACAGCGACAGCGCUCUGAUCAUCUCCACCAAGAAGGAGAAGCGCCGGCGGCAAAAGAGCAAGAUCACCAAACCCUUGUCGGACCUGGGAGUCUACACACGCGGGUACAAGUGGCACAGCUUUGCGGCUCCCGAGAGCAAGCUCUACAACCACGUGUUCUCGUUUGCGGAGCGGCCGUUUGAGAGCAUCUGCCGUGACUCGGACAGCAAGGCGCUGCUGGAGAUCCACAACCGCUCCUACCUGACGCGGGUCUACCCGUCCGGCUUCCGGCUCCGGUCGUCAAAUUUCGAUCCCAACAAGUUCUGGCGGCGGGGCGUGCAGAUGGCGGCGCUCAACUGGCAGACGUACGACAUUGGAAUGCAGAUGAACCAGGCCAUGUUCGCCGCGGGCACCGAUCGCACGGGCUACGUGUUGAAGCCCGAGAGCCUGCGCCGGCGGGCCGCCGCCGCCGCCGACCCCUUUGAGACGGAGAAGGAGAAGAAACGCAAGAUGGAACGCAAGCUGGUGCGGUUCGCCGUGCACAUCAUCUCGGCGCAGCAGCUGCCCCGUCCCCGCGGCAGCGGGCCAGACGACCCGAUCAACCCGUACGUGGAGAUCGAGAUGUUCAGCGCCGACGACCGCGGGCAGAGCGUGGUGCUCGGCGAAGGCGGGAUGGACAUGACCACCACCUCGGCCCGGAACGGCAUGUCCGGCAUCGGUUUCCCCCAUCGCCGGCGCACCAAGAUCGAGCCGAGCAACGGAUACAACCCCAUCUUCGACGAGCAGUUCAAGCUCUCCGUCGAGACCAAGUACCCGGACCUGGUCUUUGUGCGGUGGACGGUGUGGAGCUCGCAGGAUGGCCGCAGCGCCGGCACCAACAGCAGCAUCCAGCUCGCCACCUUUACCGCCAAGCUCACCAGUCUCUCCCAAGGGUUUCGCUACCUCCCGCUCUACGACGGCAGCGGCGACCAGUACCUACUCUCCACCCUCUUCUGCCGCAUCACCAAGGAGGAGCCCGUCUCCGUGCAGCGGCUGGACCUCGACGAGCUCCGCGCCGAGCGCAUGGGCAUCUUCCGCCAGAUCGGCCAGACCGUCUUCAAGCGCACCGCCUCGGCCGAGCGCGGUCGUCUUGCCGUCGACCGUGGCGUCGACACUCCUCCCCUCAGUUCGGAGGACCGCGACGGUUCCCCAGCUUUGACUCCGACAACGUCGGCUACCUCUGCCACAUCACAGCUCCACGCCCACCUGAGCGGCAGCAUCAGUCGAAAAUGUCUGCACGAGCUCUGGACACGCAAGAAGGAGGCAGACCCAGCCUUUGAGGUUGAGGAUCCGCUUGUUCUGAUGCCGGAGGGGAAAGUCGACUACACAUUGAAGACGUUUUUCUCCGUGUUCAACAAACUAAUCUACCAACUCUGCAAUGAUCUCGAGAGCCUCGCUUACGCCACAAACUCGGUGCUCGACGAUUUCUUAACGGAUGGAGUGCGAUACCUCGAGCUGCGGAGUAUCCCGCGUGCGUUCCCCGGUGCCUCGGAGGAAGACUAUGUGACUACCGUGCUGGACGUGAUGGAUGCGUUCCAGGAGCGAACCCAGGGUCGGAUGGCAGUUUACUUGAUUCUAGCUAUUGAUCGGGGUGUUCCGGAUCCAGGCCAAGCUCAAGCUACCGUCUCACUCGCCAUCCGUCAUCACCACCGCGGCAUCGUGGGGAUCGAUCUAUGCGGCAACCCUACAAAAUCGACAGAGAUACUACUAUCCAUCUACGGACCGGCUUUUACGCGCGCCAAAUCCCAUUCCCUACGGGUGACCGUUCACUUUGCGGAACUUCGCUCCGCCACCAUCUCCGAACUGGAGACGCUCCUUUCUUUCCAACCGGAUCGUCUCGGGCAUGUCAUUCAUGUGCCGGAGAGUAUCAAACGCGAGAUUGCCGCGCGGAAACUCGCCCUCGAACUCUGUCUGUCGUGUAACGUGCACGCCGAGAUGAUCGAGGGCACUUUUCCGGACCAUCAUUUCGGCUACUGGAGGCACAUGGAUUGUCCGGUCAUAUUGUGUACUGACGAUGUGGGAUUCUUCUGUUCUCCGCUGUCAAACGAAUACUGGCUUGCUGCUAAGCACUUUGGUCUCGACGAGGUGGACCUGCUGCGUCUGGCUAGACGGGCGGUGGGGGCUAUUUUCGCUGGCGAGGAAGAGAAAAGACGUUUACAUGCUCUCCUGGAUGAGUUUAGUACACUCUAG